GAGCGGGCGCCGGCAACUUAUUAGGGGACUGUACCCCCCCCCCUCGUGCCACCAAGUUGUUACAUGAAAUCUGCAGUUUCAUAAUUUCCGCGGGCCGGGGCCGGGGCUACGGCGAUGGCCACCACCACCAGCGGGGCCCUGGGCAACUACUACGUGGACUCCUUCCUGCUGGGCGCCGACGGAGUGGGCGACGAGCUGGGCGCGGGCCGCUACGCGCCGCCGGGGAGCCUGGGCCAGAACCCGCGACCGGCGGCGGCCCCCGCGCUGCCCGAGCACCCCGACUUCAGCCCCUGCAGCUUCCAGUCCAAGGCGGCGGUGUUCGGCGCCCCGUGGAACCCGGUGGCCGCGGCGGGCGCCGGCGCCGUGUACCACCACCACCACCACCACCAUCACCACCCAUACGCGCACCCCCAGGCGCCCGUGGCCGCCGCGGCACCAGACGGCAGGUACAUGCGCUCCUGGCUGGAGCCCACGCCCGGGGCGCUCUCCUUCGCGGGCUUGCCCUCCAGCCGGCCCUAUGGCAUUAAACCUGAACCGCUGCCGGCCAGAAGGGGUGACUGUCCCACGCUUGACACUCACACUUUGUCCCUCACUGACUAUGCUUGUGGUUCUCCUCCAGUUGAUAGAGAAAAACCACCCGGCGAAGGUGCCUUCUCCGAAAACAAUGCCGAGAAUGAAAGCGGCGGAGACAAGCCCCCCAUCGAUCCCAAUAACCCCGCGGCCAACUGGCUCCACGCUCGCUCCACGCGGAAGAAGCGCUGUCCUUACACGAAGCACCAGACGCUGGAACUGGAGAAGGAGUUUCUGUUCAACAUGUACCUCACGCGGGACCGCAGGUACGAGGUGGCCCGGCUGCUCAACCUCACCGAGAGGCAGGUCAAAAUCUGGUUCCAGAACCGCAGGAUGAAAAUGAAGAAAAUCAACAAGGACAGAGCGAAGGACGAGUGAUGGCAUCCAGGUUCAUUUAGAAAAGAGCGAACCCGAGAGAGGAGGACUGCGUGUCCCCUUCUCCUUCCUCCCAUCCCAUCUCCCGCGCAAAGCUGCUGUAAACCCCAGGCCUCAUCUUCCCCUGGCAAACCCUGCUCAGGCUGGCCCCUAGGCCUGCGGCUUUGAUGGAGGAUGAAUUGUAAGCUUUCUAUUUUCUGUAACACACACACACUCCCCAGAGGGCAUUAGUGCUGUUGGCUGUUUGUGAUAGCUUGUAUAUAUUAAAAAAAAAAAAAUCUACCUGCUCCUGACUUAACACAAAAGGAUGAAACUACCUUUUUCUAAUGCACAACUGUGGAUGGCGGGCUGUAUAGAUUUUAGUCUCUGUAGUUAAUUUAAUUUGCUCUUUGUGGGCAGGUCGCUCUGCUGAGAUACUUGAACACUGUGUUUUAUUGUGGUAAUUAUGUUUUGUGACUCAAACUUCUGUGCUGGGUGACGCACCCGUUUGUGAUUAUGGAAGCUAGAAUUCAAUUUGAACUCAGGUUGUUUACAAGGAGAAGAAAAAAAAAAACAGUUGCAUAGAGUAUAGCUCUGUAGAGGAACACGUCUUCUGUAUUACUAGGCUGUUAACCUAUGAUUGUAAACUAGUUGUAAGGAUUUCCCAAGUGAAAUAAAAUUUGAAAAAGAAAGGGGGGGUUGGUUCUCCGCGAUGCAUAGACGAUGGAAGUUCGGGCAUCUUAGUCGCUACAUGCUCUAUAGUCCUGUGUUGUCCAUUGUACAUAAUAUGAUCUAAACAUUAAAGGAAAAUCUCAUCAUUGGGUAAACUUGAAUACUGCUUUUGCACCAGAGGAACGGCAAGGAAAUUCGGAGCUAUACAUACGUGCAGGUCACUACCUAUGGUUUACGUUUAACUUUAGCUGGGGGAAAAUGAACGCCUAUUAUAAUGGAGUUAAUUUUAUUGAUAAUAAAUUAUACACAAUGAAAUUGCCAUUGGGCUACUGUAGAUUUGUAUCCUUGAAUCUGGAGUUUCCAUCAGGCUGAACAUACACUGUAUAUUUUGCAAUAGUUUACCUCAAGGCCUACUGACCAAAUUGUUAUGUUGAGAUAUUUAACUUUUUGCCAAAUAAAAUAUAUUGAUUCUUUUCUA